UCUCUACGUGAGUUGUUCGGUUCGAGAAAUUGACAGAAGAGAAAUCGAUGUCUGGUGACAGACUGCGAGGAUGAUUAUCAUAUCGUCAGAUUGCAAAAAAAUUAAAGGAUACUCCCCUUCCGUCAUUGGAAUCUAAUCACUCGAAGACUGGUUGAAAAGCCUUGGAACCCUGCAUCGCACCAUGUCCACUAGCAGUAACCUAGUGGUACCAGUGGUACUGUGGGGGAGGAGACCACCCACUCACUGUAUAGCUGCCAUACUUAUGACACCUGACCAAAAGAACAUUAUAACAGGAUGUAAUGACGGACAGAUUGGCAUCUGGGAUGUUGCUGAAAACUCACAGAUCUACCCCCGCAGUAUGUUGUUUGGUCACACGGCAGCCAUCAGCUGUUUAGCACUAGGUAGCGAGAAAGCAGACACUCCGUACAUUGUGAGUGCUUCAGAGAAUGGAGAGAUGUGCUUAUGGGAUAUUAGUGAUGGGAGAUGUGUAGAAAACACUAAGAUGCCCCACAUUCACACCAAUAUGCAGGCCUAUCACUUUCAAGUGUCCAAGGAUGUGCGUCUGGUGUGUAACGGAUACUAUCCAGAAAUUUUCAUCAUCAAUCCCAACUCUUUGGAAAUCCUAUACACGCUGUCAUCAAAGGUCGCCCCGGACUGGAUCAGUGCAUGCUGUAUCCUCCAUCCCGUCACAAAGGAAGGCCGAUCUGUCUGUAAAGAUGAUGUUGUGGUAGCCAUUUCUAAUUCAGGAGCAGUCAAAGUUUGGACCCUGACUGGUAGUGAAAACAUGACACAGCCAGUGUAUGAAAACGAGUCCAAGCAGAUCCGCUGUUUGAAUGCGCAGACUUUAACCUGCUGUCCUUACAAUCAGAGAACUGUCCUGAUAGUCUGCUCCAAGUAUUGGCAGAUAUACGAUGCAGGAGACUUCACCUUGCUGUGUUCAGAAUCCAACAGGUGUGGAGAGCGGUGGUCAGGUGGGGACUUCAUCAGCGUGGACAAGGUCAUCGUCUGGAGCAAUGAGGGCAAAGGUUACCUGUACAAGUUACCUGUCAGUUUGCUUAAGGGAAAAGUAUUGGAAAGUGCCAAUGCUGAAAGUAUUGAGUACCGUAAACCUUCUAAUCAGACCUCACCCCAUGCUUAUUACAUCCUAGACAUGUUUUCAGAGUCUUCUAUGGCUUGCUCUCCUGCCAUGACAUUUCACGUUGGCAAAAGUGACAUUCCGGGCCGGUACCUGCUUCGUGGAGAUUCUGAGGGCCAGAUUGUGAUGUGGACACUUCCCGAGGUCACAGAGAGGCAAAUGACCUUGGUUCGCCAAGAGAGUUUUGAUAGAUUACCGGCUUUGCCUCCUAGGUGUAGUACAUCCCUGGCUGAUAUUUGGGAGAAUCUGCAUCACCCUCCAGCUGGCAUCAUAGAUGGACUGUGUGAUGAGAAUAACCAGCCAUUAGCUAUUACCUCGACCAUAUACAUACCAUCCCAAGGAAAAGUGGCCUGUGGGAGAGAGAAUGGGUCCAUCGUGAUUGCCCCGGCAACACAGAGCAUUAUCUUACAGCUGCUGGAAGUAGAGGAGUUCAAACACAAAGAUGUUCCAAUAAAGAUUCUACAUGGACAUCAUGGCCGUGUGACCAGUCUGCUGUACCCGUUCAAUGAGAGCACUCGCUAUGAGCCCCAGCACCUACUGUCGGGCGGGGCAGACUUCUCCGUCAUGCUCUGGGAUAUCUACACUGGCUGUAAACUCCAUACUUUCACUGUCCAUGGAGGGGAAAUAACUCAGUUACUGUGCCCACCAAACAAUUGCAAUUCUAGAAUUCUGCCCUGUGUGUGUUCAGUGGCCAGUGACCAUUCAGUCACCCUGCUGAGUCUGAGGGAGAGGAAGUGUAUAAUGCUUGCAGGGAGGCACCUGUUUCCUGUACAGACCAUUAAGUGGCGACCACUGGACGACUUCAUGGUAGUCAGCUGCUCUGAUGGCACUGUGUAUGUCUGGCAGAUGGAAACAGGUCACCUGGACAGAGUUGUACAUGGAAUAACAGCAGAGGAAAUUCUAAAUAACUGUGAUGAAAAUGCUACGCCCAUGGAGAGCCUUGUUAACCCAAAUAUCACCCUCACUCAGGCACUCAAACGCCGCAACCUGGCAACAUUUAAAAACCUUGCUCAGCAGAAAUUACAGAUUCAGAGUGGGACCAGCCACCAAGCAUCUACACACAGGAGUGACUUCUUGAAACAACAGACUUAUCCAAUGUUCAUUCAGGGCAUCAGAGCCAAUCUGAAGGAUCCAGACAUCCACAUUCUGUUUUUUGAUACAGAGUCCCUGAUUGUCCAGCUAUUGACAGAAGAAUAUUCCACAAUGUCACCAGGAGAGUUGGAGGCCAAAGGAUACCUACCAUACACUGACCAGUCAGACCAUGGUGGAAUGCACAGUAUGAUGUUUAAGAUGAAGGAGAAGGCAGAUACCGUAGCUGGAGGACAGAAGAGUCCCUCUCGCUCGGAAUCCAGCUCACAUGGGGGAUCCCCUGCCCAUGCUUCCUCUCCGAGCCGUAAAUCUGUGUCCUACUCAGACAGGAGCCUAACCCUGGACAUUGCUCAGCUCUUCUUGUCCUGCCUACACGCUUGGGGCCUGGACCCAGACCUUGAUAAACUCUGUAUGAACAAGCUGGGAUUGUUGCAGCCCAGGUGCCCAAUGUCUUUUGGACUGAUUUCACGCACAGGUCACAUGUCUUUGAUGCUACCUGGCUGGCACAAGUUGUUCUGCCAGGAGGAAUCCACGGGUAAAAUGCCAAAAGAGGUGAUGCGUACGCCUGCUAAAGUCACCCUGAUGCAGCAGGCUCGGUCGGCCUCUAGUGGUCAGUUUGACAAAUCUGUGAACCUGGCCCAGAGACAUGGUCUGGCUCAGUCAGACUACACCGAUAGCGACCAGGACAGUGACUCUGGCAACAAGCGAGUAAUACCAGAGAGAAGGCCCACCGCAGUACAGGACGAAAUGAAGGCGUUCUCAUCAAAGGCCCGUUGGCAGAUUUCCAGUGCUGUGACAACCAAUCAUUUGCUGUCUAUUAUCUCAACAGCCAACACUCUAAUGAGUAUGAGUCAUGCUACCUUUGUAACAGACAAGAUAAAGAAAAAAAGAAAUAGGAGUAGAAAAAGAUACACAGGUAACCUUGGGUUGGUGGUGUCGGAAUCCAUGGACAGUCCAGGCACCAGUGAUGAUGAGACAGACGCCAUCAUGAUGCAGCAGUCACAGAUAAAGCAGGGGUGGAGUCUGAAGGCGGCACUUCACUGCGUGUUACUGCCAGAAAUGGUGGGGUCUGAAAACCUGAAAGCACCCCAACUUGAGAUGUUGGCCAGGAGAUGGCAGGACAGGUGUUUGGAAAUCCGUGAAGCUGCCCAAGCCCUGCUGUUGGCAGAACUGAGAAGAAUCGGUCCUGAGGGGAGGAAGGAGGUACUGGACCAAUGGUCUCCCUUCCUGCCCACCUACGUAGACCCCCAGCUCAGCCUGAUGAAUGCCGAGUCACUGCAGAAGAACGAGGAAGGGGAUGAAGACGACGAGGAGGAAGAUCCAAUGAUCAAUGAUAUCCCCCUUCAGAAAGCUUCAUCAUCAUUUGAAAGUAGAAAGAAACAAGCCACAGCCAUUGUGAUGCUUGGAGUGAUAGGUGCUGAGUUUGGACACGAGAUAGAGCCAAGUCGACGGAAGUUAGAGGAACUCAAGAAGAACAAAAAGUCAGCUCAAGAGGGAUUCACUCUUCAGAACUAUUCCUUAGCCAGACAUACCAGUAAAGCUUUGACAUUCCUUUUACAACAACCUCCAAGCAGAAAAUUACCUGCAUACUCUCCCAUUCGUCGAGCUGCGAUUGAUUUGAUUGGAAGAGGCUUCACAGUUUGGGAACCAUAUGUCGAAGUUUCCGCUGUAUUACUUGGACUGUUGGAGCUUUGUAUAGAUUCUGAUCGUCUAGUGCCAAGCAUGACAUACGGUCUACCUCUGACCCCUAUUGCUGAUGCUUGUCGAACAGCCAGACAUGCCCUGUCUCUCAUUGCCACGGCCCGACCCCCGGCGUUUAUCAUCACCAUGGCCAAGGAAGUGGCACGCUUUAAUGCCAUUGCCCAGACAGCGCAGGCUCAGCACUCUCAGAUAAUUAACUCCGUGCUGGUCAGGGGCAAGCUAGAAAUUCUCAAAACGGUGGAGCUACUGGUGGAGAAGAUGCCCAGUGAUGUGGCUGACCAUUUGGUGGAGGCAAUGGAUGUGACUAUACACUGUUUGGACAUAAACCAACUAAAGACCAAAGGACUGCAGGAACUGUUCCCCACAAUAUGUCGAUUCAGCAUGGUGUGUAUGUGUCCAGUCACAAAGAGGAUCUGGGUUGGGGCCAAGAAUGGGGGCCUGGCAUUUUAUGAUCUAAAGCAGCAUUCCAAGUGUCAGAUGAUUCAAGCUCAUGCAGGUCCAGUGAUUGCCGUAUCUGUGUCGGCAGACGGAAAGUUCCUGGUGACAUAUUCCCAUGUUGACAGUCGUCUGAAAUUUUGGCAGACCGCCUCCUCAUCUCUGUUUGGGAUUGGAUCGCAGCAGACAAAGUGUGUCAAACAAACUGCCACCUCGCCGAUUCCUGUCACAAACCUGACCAACCUGCUGAAGCUGGUUCGCCUGGUGUGGGUGGACACUCGCUCCAUUGUCAUGCUCACCGUCGACGGCAAAGAGCACAAGUAUUCAGUCUGAUCUCUGACAAUUUUCUCUAUCAGUUUGUUAGCUUAGAUAAAUACCUGGAUGUGUCAGUUUUUAUGAAGAUAAUUAUGUGUUAAUGACUCUUCACUUAUUGAGUAAUGUGCAAAUUAAUGUCAUAUGUAGUCCACAAGAUUGCUGAGAAGGAAACAAGAAAUAAUUUGUUCUUCUCUUUAUAUUUGUCUUUUGAGUCUUUUUCUUGAUUAUUUAAGGAAAUAUAAUUAUUCAAUCUAUUAAAAUUAUCUAAUAUAUUCUACUCCAUGGUAUCCACCAGGCAAAAUGUGUGGUUAAAAUGUCAGUGCAAAGGCUUCUUUAUCAAAAAUUCAAAACCCUAGAAAUCGUGUUCCCUGGGUUGAGGCUUUUAGUGUUAGGGAAUGGCUUAAUUGAUCAUGUUGUAAAGCUGCACAUGCAUUGAUAUAUAAUUCAAUUAAAAUCUUUUCCAUCCUCUAGGAAUAUGUUGUAAUUUCAUAAAAUUUAUCAUCUUAUACCAUUUUUUUCAUGGUCGAGUUUAUCAAGAUAUGAAAUGUUCUUUGAAAUGCAAUAUGUCUGAAAACACAUUGUAUUGAUAGGAUCAGGGACCACGAAUUUACCUGAUGUUGAAACUGUGUUUUUUCACUAAAUCUAUGAAAAUUGAUACCUGUGAACACUAAUGAAUCCACAUAUAGUAGAAACACUAAGUUCUGACCAGCAUUGUCUCUACCAAAAUUGUUCAAUUAACGGUCGAUGGAUUUUGGUCCUUUGGUUAGGCUGUAUAUGUAUUGCUUAUGAAGUGAAAAAAAUGUUUAUUCAAUUAUAAUUCAAUUAUAAUUUUCCAUUGUCAUGUGGAUUUUAUGUCAAGGAGAAUAUUGGAAGGAUAUAUAUUAAUUAUACAAUAUAUUAAUAUUUCGAUUUUUUUAAUGAAAUAUAUGAACAUAUAACAGUAUAUUUCAAUAUUUUACAACUUGCUGAUUACUGUGGAAUCAUUAGAAUUCGUAGUGGCUCAGUUUUCGUGGUAUUCGUGGAUAUCCAUCUCCCACGAAUUUAAAUCCUCCACGAAAACAUAUUUUGAAAAGAGUUAUUUUUUUUACUGAAACUAAAAACCGACGCUUCCACGAAAUUACAUCCCCAUGAUCCAGCAAAAAACCCGCAAUCCACGAAAAUUGGCGCCCACUAAUUUAAAUGAUUCCACAGUACUCAUUUUGCUGAAACUGAACACUUUGUUCCAACGGAUUGUUCCACUGGAGUAAUCCUAUUAUCAGUUUGUUAGACAUUGCUCUUUGGGUCAUUGCCAUAAUAAAUAAUUGUGUCACAGUCAGUGUCACGGGGAUGGUGAACCUUUAGACUAGUGUUAAAGCUGAGCACAAUUAAUAUUUCUCUCUCCUUGCCAAUAUCCCUACAACCCCUGUAUAAUAAGAUAUCAGACACAGUUCAAAGGACAUCUUUUGUGCUGUACUGAUCUUACCUGUAUAGGCAUCCAUCUUGCAAGUCUCAAUGGCAAAUUUAACUUUCUUACUCAAAGCCAGAAGGAAGGAAACAUCAAAUAUACAAAUUACUGCAUUAAAUACAAACAGAAAAUGCACAUGAAACAAACAACAAAAGCACAAAAUCAAAGACAAUAUAAUGAAGUCAACCAUGAGUUUGAAUCAAAGGGCCUAUAUUACCUUACAUUGGUGCCUAUUUUCAAAUGUGUCAUGUUCAGCUUUGCAAUUGUAUGGGACACAUCAAUGACUUUCUUUCAAGAUAAACUUUUAAAAAAGUUACAAUUUCUCAAUUUUUUUUACAGUCUUGUUGACUAUAGUCUGUCCCAAGUUAUUGCUUCCUUCAUUUUUUAAUGAUUUUUAAUAAAAUUGCACACACCUGUAAAAGAAGUAUACAGUUGAAAUUGAUGAAAUGGAAAAUAUUCAAGAUAUUUUCAUCGACAAAUUAUCCCUUUUCACUUAAACAGUUUACAGGAACGAAAAACAAAUUUCUUACAGGGAUUUAUGAUAGGAAAUCCAUAUUCGGAAGUGCUCGGGACACCUUGCGCAAUUUUUCAACGUUAUCAUUCGGGCUUAUUAAUGGAUGCAAUGCAAAAUCCCCGUAGACUUUCUAUUUUGGGAUGUAAUUUGAAACCUGAAGCGAUAGAGGGGGCGCUUGAAAACAGAUAAUCUGGAGAUUUUUCAUACUUCUGGAUGAACGUAGUUUGAGCACAAAGGUAUUUAUAAUUAUCGAAAUAUUAAGCGAAAAGUGAUGGAAGCAAAAACUCGGGACAGAGUAUAAUACUGUAGAACAAUAGCUUGGUUAAGACAUUAGCUACUACAAUCUGUAUUUCACAGUGAUUCAUGAGAUCUAAAGCUGGAUGCUUGCAUGAUCUUUAAAUUUAAAAAAAAAAAAGCUGUAUUUAUCAAAAUUCAUUUUGCCAAAUAUUGUACAAUAGGGAAAUGAUAAAGCAAUGAUUAUAUUUGGAACAUGUUGUAUUUUUAUCUGCAUUGAUAACUUAUUGUGUCACUUAUCACCUUUCAUAAUGUGUUUGUCACCCUAUUGAAGACACAUAAGGAUUUAUUGCUUAAAUAUAUUUCGAAACUCGUACGUGGCCGGGUUAUGUUUUUGUGUUGUUAGACUGUUCUGAACUUGUGAAUGUUUUAGUGAAUUGCAUGCACAUGUAUGUAUAUUUACAUUAGAAUGUACCCUACUAUAUGGGUAUAAAAUGAGAUAGAAAAUCUGUGAUAUAUGAAUUUAGAAUUGUUAUGUUUAUUAUUAUGUGAGUCAUAUAUUCUACUGAUAAUAUUCUGUGAAUUUGAUCGAGUCAUGUUCUUUGCAAUUUGUUGUCAACAUGCAACUUUUAAAGUGCAAUAGAUAAUUAUACGGAAUGCAA